GAGUCUCUCAAAAUGGAAAUUUCCAGGAAAGGAUGAAUGGCUUUGAACACGGGAUUGUCUGUCAACCUACACUCACCCGAUUACAUAUCCUCGCCAAUCAGAAGCCGCCACCACCACAGCAGCGCGACAUGCUCUAAAAUCCGCUAAUCAGCUUAGUUAACUGCAAUUUUCAACCGUGGUUAGUUGCAGAGUCAGUGUAUACUCCUCAGCGUUAUAAAUAUCCUGUUCGGACGACUACUUUCGUGUUUGAUUACUGAGUUAGAUAAACGAAGGAGCCGCUCCGUCGCUCCUCCGAUCGUCUUCAAGAUUGUUGAUUGAAGGCGACGGGGUUAUUUAAGUUUGACAGACAGGCCUUCCUUUUUCUACUGGAACAAAGAAGGAUUUUGGUCAGGAUUGGUUUACCUUCACUUGAAUUGGAUGAUCAUGAGUCCUCCAGAACCUUCCUGUCCUGCUUUUAUUGGUUUUGACUCUACAGAUGAACAAAUCUUUAUGGCUCUUGGAAGAAUGGGGACUGGAUCUCCUCUCCCUGAUAAUGUGAUUGAUGUUGUAGAUCCUUAUGUGUUCAUACCUGAUGAUAUGCCAGAUGGCAUCUGGUAUCUGUUUAAGUCAAAGGAGAAUAUAGGUACAGAAUGUGGAUAUUGGAAGAACAAUGGGGAGGCCUGUGAGGUAUACUCAAACUCUAACAUCAUUGGUUGGAGAGCUACUUUACAAUACUAUGUUGGUCAAGCUCCUCAUGAAAGUAAAACUGCUUGGCUCAUGCAAGUGUUUAGCAUAACUCAGAAGAUACCAUGUGAGAACAGCAUGGAGAAGGAAGCCAGCAUGCUCUGCAGAGUCUUUCGUGGUGGUGAGCAGAGCUCUGACCAGAAUAUGCAACAGAAAACGUCUGUUACUGAUAAUACUACUACACAACACAAUAACUCAAUAGAACAGCUUAUUCUAAGAGGUGAUGGUGUUACAAGAGUACAUUCAACUAGUGAGGCCAAGGUGAACAAGGAUUAUGAGACAGUUCCAUUUGCUGUUAGAGAGAGAGUUAUUGAUCAUCGUGUAGAAAACGCACCUGAAGCUGAUUAUAUUUCAAGCGAGGAUGACUACCUUGAAUUGCUGGAUCUCGAUGAUCCUGCAUCACCUUCAAGUUCAGAAAAUUCUAGUUGUGUGACCAUGUCUUCAGAUGAAUGUUUUGAUUCUUUGGCUCUGUUGCAAGAACUUGAGCCUGAAACUGACCAAGUUUUGGAGCAGAGGAAUGCAGAUUACAGGUUUAACUUAUCUGUUUCUCACAAACCUACCAAAACAGUUAUGCUUCCAGCUACUUCAGGCCAGUUGGCUGCAUUAGCUGCUUAUUUUAAUUGCAGGAACCGUGGACAGUGAGCUUCUUUUUUUUCUUUUCUCUUUUAUGUACAAGACUUAGCUAUUAAAUGCCUACGGAAUUGUCUAUUAGCGGAGAGGGAUCUUGAUUCUUGGAUACUCAUGCAUGAAUUUACUAGCACAGGCUGAAUUUCUAAUCUGAUGGUGUGACAACCACUAUCAUUUCUGUCUCGGAAACUACUUUCUGUAAGCCUUGCAGUUUAGUUACACUGCAUAUAUUUGAAUAUCUGUUAGGCCUAAUGGUUUGCAUGUCUUUCACAAGGUCAUUAGAAUCUAUCAGAUGAUUAAAACCUUCCCUUGGUAAUGAAUUUUCCAUGUCUGUUUUAAAUUACAAGAUGCUCUUUCAUCCAUUUCAUUAUCAGUAUUUCAUCCAUUUCAAUCUGAUUUUCUUGGCAGGCUCUCUACAGAAUGUUCGAAGCAACUCACCAGCCAGGGAGAAUAGAGAUCCCGUCAAUAAGGCCCUGAAUCCUGUUAGAAAUCAGAAAAGAGACAGGCAGGGUGAAGCUUCAUCAUCCUCUGCCUCUUACAAUAACUGCACACCUUCUACCAGCCAGGGGCAGAAGAAAAGUGGCCACAUGGGCAGAAUUAAAAGGUUUAAUAAGUACUUCUGCUUUAUGCCAUUCUAGACAGUGAUAUUCACACGUACAGCUUUUGUGUGCAAGGUAAAUUAAUGAUAGUCAUUAGAUUUAUACUCUUCUUACCAAGAAACCUAGAAGGAGGAGAAAACGAUUGCUUGUAAGAUCAGAGUAUAUUUUUAUAAUUUGCUUCUAAAUGGAUUUUGGUUUUUUAGCAUUCAAUUGUCCAUGUU